AUAAUCGCAGUUUUCGACCGGCUGACGAGUGCCGCUGCGUCAAGCUCGUUUAGCUCGUGGCGCACUGAAACGUGUCCGAUUCCGACAUUCUCUUGUGAUUCACAUUGUUCUCUGUGAUAUUUCAAGCUAUUCGAUCCGUUUAUGCCAUCGCUGCCAUGCACUUUGCAUGCGGUCGCAUUUAGACCGCAGAAAUCGAUCUUUCCGUUAAAACGUUAAAACGUGCUAUUGGUUUGACGUAAACAUUCCGAACGACGUAGCUUAUUAUAUAGCGGUUUUUACACACGAGUCACGAGCAUGAUCUUUGUGCAACUCGAAUGCGGCCAUGGUGAGAUAAUUCGAUGACUAUAUUCAUAAGGCGAGCAUGUGCAGGAAGAAAGUUCGAAGUGACAGACAAUUCGACAACGUGGAUUACACACAAUUAACAGAAACCGAUAAUGGUUUCUUUGAUUCACAGUUUGUAAGCCCACCAGUGAAGAUCCCAUGGAAGGCUAUCACAUUAGCGGCUCUUCUGUUUGUUGGAGGAACCAUUAUGCUCAUUAUGGGAAGCUUGAUUGUAAGCGGACACAUUGAUUCAAAAUAUUCGGAUCGAAUGUGGCCGAUGAUCAUUUUAGGGGCCUUGAUGUUUAUACCAGGGGCUUAUCAUAUGAGGGUAGCUAUUUUAGCGUACCAGAAAGUACCUGGUUAUUCUUUUGACGACAUACCUGAAUUUGAUUGAAUGUAUAUAUACGCAUAAUACUUAUUUAUUAAUUUACGUUGUGUUGUAUUAAGAAUGAAAUUAAAUAUAAAAUAUUCUUUGUUCAUAUGCAGCACAAAAUUACAAGAGUGUGAGAAGAAUUGUUUUUUUUUUAUAUUGAUUUAUUUGUAUCUUUAGUUUUCUUUCUUUUUUUUUUCCAAGAAAUCCUAUGCGCAGAAUGUAAUGUUAUGAGCAUUUCGUAAAAAUCUCUCUUCUUAUAGUUUGACGAUAUAUAAAAAUUUAUAUACGGUAUCUUUUUUAUUAUUGAAAUAGUGAAAUGUAUAAACGAUGCGACUCGAUCUAUCAUUAUCUUGUUUUCUUACAUGAUACUUUUUCCUCCGAUAUUUCUCAUAUUAAAAUAUGUAUAUUAAAAGUUUAUGUUGAUUAUUUGGUGAUUGCCAGAAAUAUGACGAAAUUAUUUUCAAAAUAAAAUUGCGUGUACUUACAAGCGGCUGUGAUUGUAUAUUCACAAUGUUGAAAUAUGUAUUCAUUAUAAAAAGUGUAUAUUUCUAUUUAUAGUUUAAUCUUUAAUUUAUAUAAUGUUUACUAUUUUACUGUUGUAUUAUGUUUAUUAUUGUAUGCAUUGUGUACUAUGAGAACAAAUUAUAUGUGUGUAAAACUUCAA